UAAAUGAAUACGGACACCAGCAGAGCAAAGAAAUCAAAAGACGUCAGAGAAAUGCAAUCACUAUUAGUCGAUACCUUUGCAAGGUUUUAAUACCAUGUAAUAGAAAUGUUUGUAGUAGAGAACAAUAAUUUUGUUUCUAAGCAAUCAGGACUGUUUCCUUUACUUUUUCGUGGAGAGGGGGGUUAAGGGAUGGAUUCCACGCAUUAGUACAGCUUGCUAUCGUCUAAAAUAGUUGGCGAUUGCCACUCUUGUCCAGCACUACGCGUUCAGUUUUAACAGCAGUGCUAUCUGACGUAUUUAUAUGUGUAUCGAAAAAAUCUAUAAAUGAAAAUGCGAACACAAAGUGGCAAGUGCACGACGACUGGAAAGUGAAAGUCAAAAUAAAAAUUUCAUUGUGUAGUCAGGGCAAUUUGCAAAACAAAGUUGGGAUGCUAAGAAACCCAAACCAAGGAAGGAGUUAAAGACAAAGCUAAAGCAAGAAAUUAAAUACAAGGUAUUUGUGUUGGAACACAUCUUGUCAUCGAUUAGAUUUGUUCACUAAAGCGAGUAAGGGUUUCAGAAAAUACUGAAGGAACUCCAUUGUUGUCUGAACCCAGAGAUUUCUGUCUGUCCGACAUUCUUAUUGGUUUGACUCUCGACUGAGACAGACUAUGCUCGCCGAUUACAGAACUGAUUAGCGCUUUAGCAGGUCGAGAAUCAACACCUUGCAUAGCAUAGUGAAUUUUAUCUUCCACCAGCUAAAAAUGCACCGCUUUCGCCGAAUGAAUCGUACAGCUUCGUUAAAGUUUAAUGAAUUUUCAUCACGUAAUAUUCUUAACGCCUUACAAUUUGCCACUUGCAGAGCUUAUCGUGAAUAAAGAGGUUGCUCCGUGAAAGUAUCGAUGGCCAGUAAAGAAAUCUUGUCAUAAGCCGUAAUUGCAAUUUAGCCAUGCAGUUUGAUGCAGAAGUAGCCUUGAGUUGCAGUUCGUCAGAGUGCUUUUAGCCCCAAAUCAUAACAGGAUCAGGAUCAAGUUUUGAAUUGCAUUUCCGUACAUUGGAUGGACUAUAUUCAAUAUAUGUGUACAUUCUCAGAAGGUGUUGAAGUUACACACAAAGUGAAUUAGCAAUUAUGUUUGCACAGAUCUUGUUGUGGCUCUGCAAUUAGCUGCAUGACAACUUUUAAUCGAUUGGAAAAAGAACGAAAGUAGAAUGACAACUGCCAAAAACAAAGAAUUGUUACGUCUGUUGAUAAUUUCACUGAUUACGUUCUCAAGCUUACACGGAGGAAAUUCAUUUCAGCAAGCUGGUUUUAGUCUAAAAAAACUCCGGAGCCAGUUAGUUCCGAAGACUGGAACAACCUACGUUGGGCCUUGGGACACAAACCCAACCAACGAUGAAGGCCUUUACAUCAAUGGCAUAAAUUUCGACAAAGAUUUAUUCCCAGUGGUGCCUCAGUCGGGUAUUUAUUUUGUCAGAUUGAAAAUUUUGUUGGAAAAUGCACUUCGUAAUGUCCAGUAUGGCAUACGCCUGAUGUCAUCUUUGGCUGGCCAUUCGAUUUCGUCGUGGACCACAAAUUAUGACAUUGAUAAAGAACUGUCUCUUUCUGCGAAUUUACGCCUGACUGUUGGGGAAAGACUACUUGUAACAUGUGAUAAUGAAUUUGGAAAUGUAACUAUCCUUCCCGAGAGUGCUUUUUCAAUGCAGAUGAUAGGCCAAGUUGGUGUCUUACCGAGCUUCCUUGCGCGGACUCUCGAAGACGAGCGGAUUGGCCAAAAUAGAGAGUCUCGAAUUGUCAACUGGAAAGCCUAUCAUAAGAGCUUAACAAGUUUUUCAAGUGCUGAAGGCAUCUUUGUUCCGGUUGUUUCCAACAAUAUGUGUGCAGCUUGAAUUUAGUUCUUGAAUAUGUUAAUGGCAUUGUUGAGGUAACAUUUAAAUCUAACCAAAGGACUCUUUUUACAAUCAGAAGGCAGUUUCAAAACAGAGAAACAACUAUAACUGUCCACGCCAGCAAAAUUUUCGCGCUUCGAGAAAAGGAGGUUUUCCAAGCGACCUUGAAAGGGUAUAAUGCAAGCAUCAUUGUCUCAAAGGCGACAACGCUUUCAUGUGCCUUGGUUGGUGAGGAUGACAAGGUGGAAACCCUUUCUAUAUCAUCCGCUCAUGAUAUUUUGUUUGAAAACCAGAACUGGCUGGAAGUCAAUUCGUGGAAAGAAGUCCAGGCGUCUUCUUCAUUUCGACUUUUGGGUGAGGAAGGCAAGGUCUUUUUUCCUGCCAAUCUCGCUUUCAUAGGCCUUUCUCUGUCCGUCACUACUUUUGAAAGUGAUGACGUAACAGUUGCUGUUAUUCCUGGUGGAGUAAGUACCAAGGAAGGAACUGGAAUUUAUAAGACGUUACAGCUUAAGGGAUCAGGGACGAGGAUGAUUGCUAUGACAGGUUUGAUCAAAACAGUGGACGAUAGUUACAUCUCAUUGAUCAUAACAAGCAAACUCGGAUCCAAGAUGAGAAUAUCCGAUGGGGAAAUGAAAAUCAUUUUAAAAGAGCCGCGUGUGCCUAUGAUGCUCCUACCGUUGAUAAACAGCAGUGUUCUUAAUGAGACUAUAGCAAAAUGGCAGGCUAUAAAUAUUGAUAAAGAGAUUAGGGAGAAGCCAUUUAGGACACAAAGUUCUUACUGGAAUAUCAAAGACCAGAGUUUUUCACCAAAAGAAGCAGGAAUUUACUACAUAUCAGCUUCUUUUCAAGCUGCGCUACUAAAUACGACAGUCACACCAAAAAGAGCUUUUGAGGCAAAAGUCUUUCUUAAAAGAAAUAACAACAAGAAGGGCAAAGAAAUGAUGUACGGUAUACAAAAUUUAAGGGAAGAGCCAAGAACCUUGAGUCUUGCUGGUGCAGUCAAUCUUGAUUCCAAUGAUAAACUCUUUUUAAUGUUCAGAUGUCAAGACUGUAAAUUGUCUGCAUCUUCAGGAAUAUCUGCUGUACUGCUCUCUAAGUCUUUCAACAUGGAAGGGUUCUCGACUAAGCUUUCAGCAAGUCAAAAUAAAUCAGUGAAAGAAAGCGUUCAUAUCGAUCGCUGGUCAUGGCACUUCGCUGAUUUCUAUCUGACAAAUUCAUUCAAUGCAGAUACUGGCGUGUACGAAGCUCCUCACACUGGGGUUUACCUCAUCAUCUGCACGCUUAUAGUGCAAAAUAUUCAAAAACAGGGAACUGUCAAUCUACGAAUUGACAUAACAAACAGUACUGCUUCUUAUAUUGAGGAAUCACUUCCUGUUUCAGGGGAUGGUCCAGAGUCGAUGACUUUGACUGUACCAGUGAAACUUAAUCAAGGCCAAGCAGUUGCCCUGGUACUAAGCGCUAUCAAUAGCCAAAACAUAACCGUAAUCAACGGUAGUAAAUUUUCUAUUACAAGCCUCAUGCACGGGUCAUCAACACUUCCGCCUGGGUUCACACUUUCGCUACGAAACAUUAUGGCAUUUUCGUUUAGAUGGAGCUCUCCGUUGAAGGACUGGUCACAGGAUGCCAUUGCAGGUGCAUUUUCCAAGAAAUCGGAAGCACUUUUUGAAUUCAACGAAAGACAGGGAGAAAUGAUCAUUCGAAAGGAAGCCGUUCUGCUUCUCAACAUCAUUGCUCACGUGAAUGUUGACCGUGGCAGCCAAUUGACUUUGAAUGUUAGAAUCAACGAGGAGAUCGUUGAAAGGGUUUUAUCGGUGACUAGUUAUGUUGAUUCAGUCGAGUAUCUCAAAAUUUCUGCAGCUCUGUUUGUGAAAAACAAAGACAGGAUUACCGUGGAAGUACAGUGUUUAAACAGACGAAGCACAUAUUAUGUCUUGAGAAAAACUAUGAUGUCAGCUGUGUUCCUGUCAAGCACUUCAACUAAACCUGGUCUAACUCUCGGUGUUCGCAAGUCCCUUGUUGGUCAAGUCAAUGGAAAGAAAACAUUUCGCUACAUACUAAAGAACGACUGUUCUGGCUGUUACCAAGACAACAUUCCAUACAACGAGUCACAGGGAUACUUCCAGAUUCCACUUGGAGGUAGAUAUCUUAUUUCUGUAAACUUUGAGCUACAAACUGCAUCUUUGAUGGAUGUUGUUGAAUGCGGAUUUCUAUCAGUUGAGCAAGGCCAAUCAAUUUUGAGUGAAAGCUUCAAAGGAAGUGGGCUCUACCAAAUAUCAGGUAUUGCACUGAUCGACAAGGCAACGAAAAUCACAUUCAUGUGCACUCCAGAGAACGAUAUUCAGUUCUUGGGCUUGACAUUUAUGACCAUAACUUUGCUGCAAUACUGGAAAGGGAUUAUCACGUCUGUUGUCAAGAAGGCAGCUGUAAUUGAUAAUAUCAAACUUGAAGUUGAAUACAAAACAUUGAAGAAUAGACCAUACAUAGUGGUUGUUAGCAACAUAAACAGCACAUUGAAUAACUUUCGAUUGACAAAAAGGAAAGAUGACGACCAAAAGAAUUUUGACGUCAUCGUUGAUUACAGAGGAACUGUUACACCAGAAAACAAACCUGUAUUUGCUGUUGUCUACCUGGGCAGCAAUGAACGCCUGGUUUUGGAGUGUGAAGACAGCGCGAACAACUUUGAUGCAAACAUGACUACAUUAUACGAAAUACCAUCUUUGAACGCUGGAAUCACUCUGACACUUGUUGAAAAUUUGGUGAUGAAACCCAGCAAUAGAACGUCCAGAGUCUUAGUAGGUUGGGAAAGGAUUCUUAACUUUAAGAACGAACUGAAAUUUGAUUUUCAGCAUGGUUUGCUUAUCAGCAAACUGCCUGCAGAGUAUCUUUUUGUUGUCAAUUUCAGAUUUGUUGCCCAAAGGAAGGGUAAAAGGUCGUUGUUUCUCUCUGUAACAGACGAAUUAGAGAAGCAUAGCUUUUCUGUUCCACUGUGUGAUAACCAGAACGGUAAAACUUGCGGGACAAGUUUCAUUACGUCAUUGAAGCUUCAAAAAUGGCAGACUGUUGGUCUUUACUUGACUCUGACCGAUGUAAAUGACUCGGUGACGGUAUUAAGUGGAACUAGGAUGUCGAUUGUGAUGCUUGAAAAGACAGCUGCUCUGGCUUAUGACGACAGAGGGCCAAGUUUCAUUGAGCAGCCUUGGCCAGUGUAUACCAAUCAUUCAAGCAUAUUUGAAUAUCAAUGUGCAGCUAUUGGAUCACAAAGCAUCACAAAAUACACGUGGAAUUGGAUAAGCAGGGAAACAAAGUUAAAGAAGGUCGUUGGCUACGGGAAAAGCUUUAAAGUACUCGGAAGACCAGAGGAAUCAGGCUAUUAUUUUUGUACAGCAAAUAUGAAUGGAACAGUACGCAACUCAAGAAUUUCUACACUCGACAUUUCAGAUACUGAUGAAUGCAAACAAAAUGCUACGGAGGAGCUUAAGAUGCUUUGCCACACUGACGCAUACUGCAUUAAUACAAUUGGCUCGUACCUUUGCCGGUGUAACAAUGGUUUCAAUGGAGAUGGUUUUCGUUAUUGUAAAGACGUAGAUGAAUGUUCGUUGAAUGGCACUUGCCACGCCAAUGCAACGUGCACGAAUUCAAUUGGAUCUUUCAGUUGCCGGUGCAACACUGGAUUCAGAGGCAAUGGUACCAUGUGCUCAGAUAUCAACGAAUGUUUGGAAAGUAAUGAAUGCAGCAAGGAUGCUGAUUGUAUAAACACUGUUGGUUCUUAUCGUUGUGACUGCAAAGAAGGCUUCGAUGGUGAUGGAUAUGGAUGUGAAAAUAUAAAUGAAUGCAACUAUGAGAAGAACCCUUGCGAUGAUGCAGCGACGUGCUCUGAUACUUAUGGUUCAUUUAAAUGCCAAUGCCGCGAAGGAUGGACUGGAAACGGAACCGUUUGUGAAGAUAUCAACGAAUGCCUUUUCACGAACUGCACAGGCAAUGCCACGUGUUACAAUCAACCUGGCAGCUACAGAUGCAAGUGUAACCCUGGAUAUAAGGGAGAUGGUUUUGAUUAUUGCGAACCCCUUGGUUGUACUCCACCACCUGAAUGCACGGGAGAAUUUAAAGCCGCUUGGUGGGCGCGAAGUCCCUACCUAGCAAAUUCUUCCAAUCAAGAGCCAUUUGGUCUUUUCAAAGAUUUGCUGACUCAGGUAGUCAUCGCUUGCUGUGCAAACUGCUCUCUUUUAUCAUUUGAUGGUCCGUAUAAUGGCUCGAGUGAUGUGGAAGCUGUAAUUGAAGUUAACAAAACAGUCGAUUUUGGCUGUCCUUUGUAUGGCUCUCCGGAUCAAACCUUGUUCAAAGGAUUGCCGUUCAUGCCCAUUGUCGAAUCGCCCGGAAUCGCCUUCUUUAUAAAAGACAAACCAAAGGAAAAAAGUGCACUUCUCGAUUCUCUUGGAAGCACGUGGCCUAUUCUUGCAAUCACAUUUUUGCUUGCGUGUUUAUCUGGAGUAAUAAUUUGGUUUUUGGAUACAGUACGUAACCCAGUCGAGUUUCCAAACUCCUUUAUUGAAGGAAGCUGGGAAGGUUUCUGGUGGGCAUUUAUCACCAUGACAACAGUGGGAUAUGGUGACAAAGCUCCACGCUCAUUCCCUGCAAGACUGUUUGGAAUCGUUUGGAUCUUGGUUGGCUUGGUAAUUAUAUCAACAUUCACAGCAACAAUAACAACAAUGCUGACAGCAAGUAGUCUCUCAGACGAAACAAAACUGUACGGUACCAAGGUUGGGGUGCUUGAAAACAGUGAGGAAUACAGGCUUGGAGUGAAGCGAAACGCGGAGACUAAAGCCUAUAAUUCUGUGGAGGAAAUUGUUAGCAAAGUCGAAGAGGGUGAAGUGCAAGGAAUUCUCUUGGACACGUAUAUAGCUGGGGAAUUUCAAGAACAGUUAAAGUCACUGCGGCUACAGCAAGUUAUCGACUAUUCAUUUUCAUACGGAGUAGUGUUGUCAAGAGAUGGGCUGGCAUUAAGGAAGUGCUUUUCCCACUACUUGGAAUCCAAGCAAAGUCAGAUAUACGCUACGAUAUCUAAAGUUAUCAAGCCAUUAAAGACAAGAGGGAAUUCAAAUUUGGCGUCAAAAAAGUCAGCAAAUAUUUUCGAUGCUGAUUCUGUUUAUUUCAAGUACAUUGUGUUCAUCGGCCUUGGAACGUUUGUCUUACUUUUUCUCGUUGGCCUUACUUGCGAAUGUGUCAAUGCGAGAAAGAGAAAAUAUCAAAUGGCUCCCAAUAGCGCCACAGAUAAAAAAGAGCCUGAGCUGAUGGAGUGGAGGGUUCAGUGGGAAUCUGGAAAAGUGAGUUACUUUCAGCGCAACAUUUUCAAAAAUGACAUCAGUGACUUGAAACAACAGAUUAAAGAAUUUGCAGAUAACUGGAUAAGACAACUGGAAGAGCUGGAAAGUCGACAAGCUAAAGAAGUAGCGAACAUAAGAAUGAACGACAGCAAGCUACACAAUGGUAAUACCAGAAGCCGACCAGCAUUAGAGAGAAUAUUUAGCGCUUUUAAAAGUCAAAAGAAAAGUGGCAAUGGGCAUUUGCCAGAAUCAAGCACUUCACUGUAACCCAUGUCGAAGAUCGAUCGGGAAUUAAAUUUCUCUUGCCAGGUGAACAAUAAACACCAAAAGCCAAGCUUAAAGGUAAAGGUGCGAUUCAGAGAGAGUAGAAAGUGAUAAAAACGCUCUUUGUGUAUAGAAGGACAAGUAUAUAGAUAUCUAAUAAAAUCAACUUAUUUUAAAGUUGUUUUGAUCAAUAACUAAACAGUUGCUUCGAUAAAAUGUUUUUGUUUUAAUGAAAUUAAAUUGAAGAUUUAAUAAUAAAUUUUUUUAACAAAUUAUUUUUGCUGCAAAACUGUAGCUAUUUAAUGUCCUUUUGAUUUUAAAUAAUUAACUGUGAUCUUUUUAAGAAGAAAAUUAAAAUUCUGUUGCAGUUAUUGAUUUUGUCGUAAACGAACGGUCCUUGAUUUCAAAAUUUGUACAAAAAUAGGAUUCUUGGUUGCAAAGAAGUAUGCCUCUAGGCUUUAACCUGCUUUUGUAAUAGAAGCAACAUUUAGUCCUAACCUUUUUUUUAUAAUCAAGAUUGUGCCCUGCUACCGGUAAAUCCCUCUACUAGAGGAGUCACUCAAACUUUUUAUAUACGCAGAGGUCCAUCCGCAAUUAUCAAAAUUCACCCAAAGGUAUCGAAAACAAAUUUGACAGACCCAAAAGUAUCAGUCAAAAAGUUUUGAUGAAAUCCAGAAAUAUCAGAAGACAAAAUCUUUUUGUCGAGCACAUUAGAGACUACUAGCCAUAGUGAUUUAGACUGUUUCUUAUAAUAAUCAGUUUAAACACAUCUACUUUUUAUUUCUGUUUUUAAUAUUAUUAUGUGUUAGUUGGACACAUAAGUAUCAAAAAUAUAUAUUAUCAAAUACAGAUACCCAAAAGUAUCAGAUCGCAAAAAAAUGUUCUUACCAAUAAUUUUCGGAUGGACCCCCUAUAUAAAAAUUUUAAGUGACCCCCCUGGGAUUCUACUCCAUGACACUUCAAAUUAUAAAAACGAACACAUCAUUAAACUUAUGAUAAUGAAACCUGUUGUAAGGUACUUUGAUAACUAAAAAUGAAUUCAACAUCUUUUAGUCAUUAAUUCUUAAUCAAUUCAUCGGUACUGAAUUCUGUGGUGCAGUGGAAUCUUUUGAUCGUUCCAAGCUUUAGCUCGUUGUCUUCUCCCCGAUCUGUUUAAGCUAGUUUCUUAUGCAAGGUGCAAAGACAGCAAUGCCUCUUGGAUACAGAAACACGCCCACUUGUUGAUCAAAAGGGAAACAAUAAAGUGUAUUAAACAUUGUUAAAUAAUGCCCGGAUCUCGACCUCAUACCUAGCCUUAUAUGCAACUUGCGAUUCGAGUAUUCGACAUAAGAAUAUAAUCAUCUCAGGUUUCUGUUUGUAUAAAUUUCUAAAGCAUUAUUCUGUACAUUAACUCUGGAUAGUGUUAAUGUUGAUCAUGAAAUAAUUUUUCAUUC